AUGCCUUUUGUCGCAAAUACUCCCGAGUCUUAUCUCGGUCGAUCCGAUUCAAAACUCACUGAAGGAACAUGCCGUGGUUUGACAUCCAACGGAAAACCAUGUCGCCGCCCAGUCGUUCAGCAGAACCCCGCACCAAAGACCGACAGGCGCAGACGUCCCGUGACGCCUGAUCCACGCGAUGAGAGUCUCUACUGCUGGCAGCAUCGUGAACAAGCCAACAUCUCAGCACAAUCUAGCCCUGGCCCGCGACCCAAUGCGACACCAAUCUUGGAAGGUCGUACGAGCUUGGAUACGUUGACGGAUAGAUUGGGAUUGGUGGACCUGAACGAAAAGAAACAUGGGAACGGGAGACUGAAUGGUUCGAAACCACAAUCGAAAAAGUCGUCUCUGUUGUGCUGCUUUUGCUUUUCGGUUCCUUAUGAAGACGAUGAGGAACCAGAACGUCCACAACCACGCCCUGUUCAGCACACAUCCGCGUCCAACCAAGGACUGAGCCCAUCACAAAACAUGUCCGGCGGCAAAUCUUCCCGCAAAUCACGUAAAUCAACGGGCUCCCGGACAGCAACCAUCAAAGAUUUCAUCCCCGACUCUCUAGACACCACCACUGCCUCGGCGCUAAUGGCCGAGAUGUCCCGUCCGUUCGGCAGUGGAGAAGAGCCUGGCUUCAUCUACAUGUUCUGGCUCACUCCCACAUCUCAGUCCAAAUCUGCCGCGCCCGUUGAUGCAGCACGCUCUCUCCUAGCACCUCCAUCACCAAACAACCAAUCGCGCUCACGAAGUGCAAGCAACGCUGUGCGCAGCUUUGCAGCUUCAGAUCCAGCCAACUCUAAAAGCACUAUGCUUCUCAAGAUCGGCCGCGCAUCUAAUGUGCAGCGCCGACUGAACGAGUGGCAGCGCCAAUGUGGUCGCGAAGUUGAGCUUCUACGAUACUAUCCCUAUAUUCCUGGUUCACAUGAAUCGUCCGGCGUGGUCCCACACAUGACGCCGCACGUACACCGUGUAGAGCGUCUGGUGCACCUAGAGCUUUCAGGAUUGGGUUUCAAGGCGGAUGCGGGCAAGUGUGCCGCUUGUGGUAGAGAACAUCGCGAGUGGUUCGAGGUAGAAGCCACAAGAGACGGCAUCAAAGCUGUCGAUGAUAUCAUCAGAAGGUGGAUAGAAUGGGAUGAAAUUAACCCAUAA